AUGUCUCUCUAUUGGGGAAAAGAUGCUAUAGUACUUUUUCCAGAGUGGCCUAACCAAAGUGUUAGCAUGUAUUUCUUAGCUAUCUUGUUUGUGUUUUUUCUUGGAAUGGUUAUUGAGUUGUUGCCUAACCAACCUACCAUCAAGCAAGGGACAAAUCAUAUUAAGGGAGGGUUGAUUCAAGCUAUCAUAUACUUCUUUCGUAUUAUUUUCCAUUACUUUGUGAUGCUUGCUGUUAUGUCUUUCAAUAUAGGAAUUUUCAUUGCUGCUGUUGCUGGUCAUACAUUGGGAUUCUUUUUAGUCAAGUCUCGUGCUAUUUAUGUUGCCAACAAAAAACAAAAUCUUGAGUCCUCCGUCGCUAUUGAUGAAAUUUAG